UAAUAUUAGCGAAUUCCGACAGCACGUGAAAGCAGCACUGGUACUGCGUUUGACACUUGUACCCUGAUACAAGCUAAUGCUAGCGUUCAACAUGUCUGAGAAAGAGCUCGGGAAGAAGUGGGACCGUUGCCUGGCAGACAGUGCCAUUAAAUUAGGCGCUGGUCUGGGCUUAGGACUCGUGAUGUCUGUCCUGUUCUUCAAGCGGCACACGUGGCCCAUUUCCCUGGGCUCUGGAGCGGGACUGGGGAUGGCGUACGCCAACUGUCAGAAUGACCUGCGAUCACAUUACCUGCUGCCCAGGAGUGAAAAGGAGCAGUAGCUUGGUGAUCGUGGGACUGUCUUUUUUAUUAUUAGUUAUGCUUGUUUCGGGUUUGGUUCUGUGUAGAGCAUGGCAGCAUCUGCACUGUUCUACAGUUAGAUUCAUGUCUCACUGUUCUAGUAUGACUCUGUCUUUAUUUAAUAAAACAUACACACACAAA